AUGUCCCAGCAACACACUCUGCCAGUGAUCCUGCCCGCUGCACUCUGUCAGGAGCCCCUCAGUCCUGUUUCUCCUCCCAUCAAUACACAGCAGGAGCAAGGGAAGCAGCCAACCCCACCGCCUGCCCAGUGCCAGAAGACGCCCUCUGAGCUCCCAGGGGUGGUCCCGCUUGGGCACAGGGACAAUUAUACAGUUCUUGCAAAGGGGGUGCCUGAGCAACAAUGUGAGCCACAACGGCCAGAACAGCACCCAGAACAGCAGCAGCAGGAGCCACAGCAGCCGGAACAGCACCCGGAACAGCAGCAGAAGCAAGAGUCAUGGAAGCAGGAAAUUCACCUGCAAGAGCAUCUGGAACAGCAGCAGCAGCAGAAGCAGCAGGAAGAGUCACAGAAGCAUGAAAUUCACCUGGAACAGCAUCCAGAACGGCAGCAACAGCAGCAAGAGCCACAGGAGCAGGGACUGCACCUGGAACAGCAUCUGGAACAGCAGCAGCAGCAGCAGCAGCAAGAGCCACAGGAGCAGGGACUGCACCUGGAACAGCAUCCAGAAUGGCAGCAACAGCAGCAAGAGCCACAGGAGCAGGGACUGCACCUGGAACAGCAUCUGGAACAGCAGCAGCAGGAAGAGCCACAGAAGCACGAAAUUCACCUGGAACAGCAUCUGGAACAGCAGCAGCAGGAAGAGCCACAGGAGCAGGGACUGCACCUGGAACAGCAUCUGGAACAGCAGCAGCAGCAGCAGCAGCAAGAGCCACAGGAGCAGGGACUGCACCUGGAACAGCAUCUGGAACAGCAGCAGCAGCAAGAGUCACAGGAGCAGGGACUGCCCCUGGAACAGCAUCCAAAACAGCAGAAGGAUCAGGAAGUACAGCAGCAGCAACAAAAGGAACAGUGUGAGGAACAUCAGGAAGCAAAACAUCUGGAGCAGCAGCUGGAGCAGAUGAAUGCACAAAUGAAGCAGCAGCAAAAGGAACAGCUGGAACAGGAGAAGAAGCUUAUGGACAAGCACCUGGAUGGAGAGCUAGCAAAGAGAAAUGAGCACCUGGAAAAGAGAGAAGAGCAACUUCUGGAACAGCAGGAGCAACAGCCAGAGCCAGCAAAGCAACAGGGAGGGCAGCUGAAACAGCCUGCAUUUGUCCCAGCUCCUGGCCAGGUCCAAGAGCCCCAACUAGUCCAGCCUCUGAAGGGAGAAGUCAUGCCUCUCACAGAGCAGCAGCAGCAGCAGAAGCAGGAGGCAUUUGACCUCCCCAAAUAUAAGUAAGCACCCCCAGUAUCCCAGAGGCUCUCAGAGCAUCCAACACAAGUGAUGAGAGAUCCCAUAGCCUCUCGAACCUCAGGUCCCCAGCCAGGUGGCCUGCCUCAUCUGUGAACCUGCCUCACCCUGUCCUGCAUGUUUCUCCAGUGGGGCAGGGGGAAGGGAAAGUUAUGGCCAGAACUUAUCCCUAAUGAGCUCAGUCCCAGCAGAUGGCUAGAGCCUCUGUCACUAAUUCUG